UGAUCGUCAUGAUGUAGAGAGAUCGCAUGAAUUCAGCAGCAGCAGCAGAAGUGUGUCUCUUCUGACUUAGUAAACGAAAGCAAUCGAUAAAAGACUGUGGUGUAAUGCAACGAGAACUUGUGCGUUCUUUUCUUCUUAUUCGGGUAGCCAAAAACUUGGUUUUAGUUGGGAUUUAUUUACUGCCUGGUCUGGUCGUCCUCUUCUUGUGUCAUCCUAAGUUCUCUUUCUUCAUGAUAUUCUUUACCCAUCAGUUUUACGUAACAGAAAGCCUUUUCCAGUGCAUGGGUCUGCUAUUCUCCAACUGAAAAGUUUGUGAAUUCUCACCCCGCAGCCAAAAACGUAUCCUGCGCGUAGCAGCUGGUUCUGUGACCGUGGCGAUUUUUACCUGAAGACUACUGACGCGGUGGGGAAAGAGAAGGACGAUUCUUUAUUUUGGAAUGAAACUAAGAGACAAUCGAAUCCUACGGAAAAACAAAUAGCAAGAAAAUUCACUAACAACUCUGAUUAAAAAAGAGUGAGAUGUGGCCCACGAAUAUGCGCCCCCUGAAGCCAACUGCCCCCAAACUGGACGAGAUAAUUAGUCAAGGGAUUUAUGGCUGUGAACAAGGAUGUGACGUCGUCUUCCUCGUCGGUUAUGAUGACCAGUGGAGGAUCCCUGCUCACAAAACCAUCCUUUACAACUCUACCCCAGUCUUUCGAGCAAUGUUUUCCGAAUAUUUUAGCCCACAACAUAAUGAACAAGGUGGCAACGAACCGCACAAAAUUACAGUGUCUGAUGUUGAUGGGAGAGCUUUCGACAAUCUCUUGCGACACUUGUACGCACAGGAAAUGGCAUUUCAAUCAGUAGAAACAGCACUCCGGACUUUAUACGCAGCUCACAAAUACCAGUGUCCCGAACUGGUCCAAAAAUGUGUCGAUUAUCUCAGUCAGAAUCUGAAUGUCAACAACAUCCUGUCCAUCCUGAGCAAUAUUCCUCUCCUUUGUGGAAAUGUUCAAAAUCUUGAGAACUGGGGACGUGAGAGGCAAAUGAUGCAAGAGAUGUUUCUUACCAGCUCCUCCUUCCCAGGGGGUCAGGAAGUGCACAUGUCUGCGACAGACGACAAUCCCUUAAACUUCUCCCAGCUUGCAGCAGCUCAGAAUCCAGAGUCCGAGUACUUGGACUGUAUUGAAACUGAUUGUUCUCGAUUGCUGCAGAAAUGUCUCAAUUUUGUGGACAAGGAGGCAAACAGUGUCCUACUUUUGGACGAGAUGGAAGAUCUGGACGUGGACACGUUCCGCUUAAUCCUCUCCAGAGACACGCUUGAUAUUUCUGAUGAAAAUCUCGCUUUCAAUGCGAUCCUCAAGUGGACGGACAAAGAGUGCAAACGAAAACAACUGCCUCUGACGACCGAGUCAAAACGCACCGUGUUGGGCGAAUCUCUCUUCCUCCCACGCUAUCUGACCAUGAGCCUCGCCUCCUUCUUGUGCGAACUUGGACCCGCAAAAUCCGGCCUUUUCACCCCCGAGGAGAUCUCAUGUUUAACCAGAAUCUUAAAGAAUGGUAGCCGAGCGGAAAUCCAGAAUGAACUCUCGUCCCCACCAAACAAUCCGCUCGGGAUUCCGACCACUUUGCGGCCCUAUUAUCGCAACUUGGCUCGACCACGAUGUCCCAUUCGAACAAUUGGUCACCCAUCUCCGGCAAAAAAGUCGAAACGCGGUGGUGGUCUCAGCUUAAUUGAGAGGUGGAAUCAUCGCAGGUGUUGUCGAAGUCGUCGGAAUAACAGGGGCAGUCGUUCGAACAGUCAACUCUCAUCUCCCUCAAAUAGCAACCCGUCUAGUCCCCGGCGAAACUUUAGCAAUGCAGAUCAGUCCAAGAAAUGGAAUUUGUGUGUCGAAAGGGUCGUCAUUUUUCUUGCCUGUUUGUUUGACUGAAAAGAAAAAAAAACUUACCUUUGCCAUUCAUUUGUACAAGUUUGUGGAUCUUUUUUUAUAAAUACGACUAUUCAUACGCUUAAGUUUGUACUGUUAGUUAAGCACGGAAGUAAUUUCGUUUGGUUCUCAUUAUAGUCGCAGAUGUGUGAAGUUGUUCGCAUUUCAUGGUCUGAUUCAGAAAGAACAAUGUUUAAACUUAUUAUCGAAUUGACAUUAUGAAACGUGAUUGUUCAACAACUGAUGUUCAUAUUCAGUUACCUUUUUUUAACAUGUCACAACAAAUUGGUCUCAAUUAAUGCUUAUUUAUUUUAAGUCGAGUACAAUGAUUUAUUUACUAUUUAAUGAAAAAUAUGUAAGUAAUAUUGCCAGUAACCUGUACUUGCCUACAUGCAUUUUAACGUGUCACAAUCUUGUCAGAGAUUAAUUACAUACAUAUAAAUGGAUAUGUAUGCUUAUUAUUGCUUUAUUUACAUAAUGAUCCGGUAAACCUGUAUUCAUUACAUUUAUUUUAAAUGUAUUUACCCCCAUUGUAACUUUUGUGUUCUAUAAUAUUCAUUCAUUCAUUGAUCGUACUGACAUGACAAAUAUGAUAUCCGCGUUUUUAUUUGUAAAGCAUUUAUUCACAGCCUCAAAUAAUCCGUACGUAAUAAUGGUAUGUAUGUAUGCAGUAACAAAAAAAAGUAUAAUGCGCCACAAAAAAAGUGUGUGAAUGUGAUAUCUAAACAUAUUUCUAAAAAAUAUUUCUUAGCAAAUCUUCCAGCAACCGAUCUGUAAUCGACGAGAUAAUUAUAACAACCUAUUCAGAGUGAUUUAUGUAUGUAUCAUAAGACAAUUUACCUUUAAAAUCUUGCUACCAUGUUGAUAUUACAAUUACCUGGCUGUUGUAUUGUAAUCCAAUCGAGAAAGUAUUUAUCCUGAGAAAUGCGAUAUAUGAAAGAAUGAUUCGGAAUCGGAAUAAAUAUAUGAAAAAUUUAUCCAAAUAUGCAAAUCAAGCUCGAAAUUAAAAAAUAUAUGUAUCGAGAGAAUAUUAUGUAUAAUAUCGAAUGGCUGGAACCAUACAUAUAAAUAUCUCGUUUCGCAGUGUCUGAAAUUUAAAUCGAAAUUGUAGUAGGAUAAUUGAAAGAGUGAAAAUUAACUAAUCAAAUUAAUUAAUCAUUAAGAAAAUCAUGUUUACAAUGAAUUAUCAUGAAUUUAGAUCAAUAACUGAACUUAUUGAAAGUGAGAAUGUCUAAUUGUUGUGAAUGCAUAAUAACUGUGUGUAAGUAGUUUGUAAUUUUAAACUGCAAUUUUGAUCUAAUGACGAAAUAAAUACUUUGAAAAUGCGAAGAAUAAACAAA